AUGAUGCGGAGGACCGUGCGGCCGUGGCUGUGCUGCUUGUCGUGGCUCGUGUGUCUCGCCGUCGUGCACUUCGCCGAUGCCUCCAGUUUGUCAGAAAGGCUCGAUGCAUUGCAGGCAAGGCGUAUGCGCCUCAUCCACGAGCGCGCAGAGCUGGAAGGAUACCUUCAAGGUAACGUGACACAACAAGGUGCCUUUCGUCCAGUGCGCGAACAAGAUCCGCGUCUUGAUCGAGCCUUGCACGACAUGGAACUUGAAGCGCAUCCUUUUUACCCCAACGUGAGUGGCUUUUACCAUGGCCACCUAUCGGCGUGGAAUACAUCACGCCUUUCGUGGGACCAAGUUCAGGAAAGAGGGCUGGCGGAAUGGAACAACACGGUCAUCCAGCCAUAUUUUCGAGCCUAUGGAGUAACUGAUCAAGCUUCCCAUAUACGCGGGGGAUUUUCACUGCCGGUUCCAUGGAUAAAUGGCUCGCUUGAUGACACUGACAUACAAUUGGUGGGUGUGCAUGAUAUUCGGCACGGUAUGUUAUACCUUGUGGGUAUGCCGGUGACUGCGAAAGCCGUACUAGACAUACGAAACGUGCUCGCCAUGAUACCAGAAACGCAAGCCGCGUUUCGAAACGAUGCAGGCAAAGCUUGCCUCAAUGACAUAAAUAUGCGUAUCCAGCGCAUUGACGAGGCCAUGACCAGUCCCUACACUAUAUCCAUACCCGAUCCAGACCCAUCCGCCUCUAGCAAUUGUACUAUGCAACUAUAUGCUAAGCUAUCACCGGAGGACCUUGACCAGAGGGAGCUGAACACCAUUGAGCAUGAAUUGCGCGAGCCAUCGGGCAUUGUAACUCGGCCUGCGCCACGAUUGCACAUGAAAGUCCUCGGCAUUUCGACGCGGUGUGGCAUGUAUCUCGAGACCGACUCCAUGGUCGGUAUAUCACGCGCGCAGUACUGGAGUGAUGUGCGAUAUUACAUCGCUGGUAUGAUCUGCGUCUUGCUCAUGCAGCUCGUACUCAUGACGCGAGAGAUGGAACGGACCCAAACGCAUACGGCCAUUUCGCGCAUUUCUGGUCUCUCCAUGUUUAUACACAGCCUGUUCGAUGCGUGCAUGAGCUUAGCACAUUUUAUUCUCGGUCUGGCCCUUCCUGGCUCUUAUGCACCGGGAUUCUUUUCGAUUGCGUUUAUGCAAGCCGUGCUCUUCUUCGUUCUUGAGUUCCGCUUGUAUGCCAUCGUCACUAAGCAGCGUAUGGAAAGUCACAGGGGUACAAUGCAGCGGGUCGAUUCGUUGUCGGAUGAUGACGACAACUCGUUUGAUUCCCUCUUGGAUGAGCCGACGUUGCGACACUAUGUUGACAAUGGAUAUCGGCGCCUACGACGCGCCUUGCACCGAGUGCCCCGCAUGUUUUUCUUGGUUUCGUGGCUCAUGGCCGUCAUCUUCUUUGCCAACGUGGCACCCAUACUGUAUACCUUAGUGGCGGUUUCUUUCUUGAUGUCGUUUUGGGUACCACAGAUUCUGCACAAUAUCCGCCAACGAUCCACGGGAUUCCACACCAGCACAAUUAUCGGCAUGUCGAUGGCAAGGUGCUACGUGCCGCUGUAUUUGUACCAAGAUUUCUUCAACCCUUUGCCGCUAGAAUCCACACCUUGGUUUUGGCUCCUGAUGGGCUGGUGCGCUGCACAAACGCUGUUCUUAGUGGGUCAGAACAUGGGAGGUCCUCUUUUCUUUUUACCAUAUUCGUGGCGUCACUCGGAAAAAGAUUGGAAUUGGCACCCAUCGAAAGAAGCCUUAGCAGCGAUGCUUUCGCACACGCAUGAUGAAGAGGAGGCUGCUGUCGAUCCUUUGUCUAUACCAUUGGGCGACUGUCCUAUCUGUCUGAUGCCCACCUCGUGGGACGACGAGUCUGUUAUGGUGGCUCCUUGCCACCACGUCUUCCACAAAGAAUGCCUUUUGCCGUGGCUCGACAUCAAACAGAUUUGCCCGAGCUGUCGACUUCCACUACCCGUGUAUAAUAAAUAG